GUGAAGGAAUCGUAAUGUUUUCUUGCGUACAUAAUAUUUUCAUAGAUGUAUUGAGAGGUAACAGUCAAAAUAUUUAUUUCUUUAAAUAUUUCUCUGAGAGAUUCCCUCGAUCGUUAACUAUAUAUAGCGCGGACAGCUCUAUUUCGUAGAAUAAAAAUAUCUUGAAUGCUAGCUGUAAAACCCUACUGCAAUAGGCCAUACGUCAUUAGACAUUGAAAAAAAAAAUAGUCAAGAGUCAUUUUCUUAACAGCAACAGUUGCAAAAGUCAGUCUACUUGACAAGUUAUCAAUAUGAAGAUCCCAUUGUAGUCGGGAAUCUAGUGUAAUACCGAGGAACUUUGUCGAUUUUUCCACUCAAGUUUUUCACUAUUUACAUAAAUAAGUGUACUAAUAUACGUCACAUUAGGUAAUGUAAGCUUUGAAGAGUUCAAUUCUAGAAAUCACUAAGUCACAUUUUGACGUUUUUUAGUUGGCAACACUACUAGAAUCAGUAUUUUUUUCUCUAUAUUAUGGUAUAUUCGGUUUACUCAAAAGAGAUCUCUAAGUCUAUUUUAUACAUAGAGAUUUUAUGUGUUGUUAUAAACUUUCAAUUCUAAAAAUCACUAUGUUUGAAAAAAAUCUCUAAGUCACAACAAAACAAUUUAAAAAAUCACGUUAAAGAAACUUUUGGUAAUUUUUAAGGCUAUGAAAAUUUAGUUACUGUUCUGGUUUCAUAAUUUAUAGAGUUAAAAUGCUUUAUUUACGUACAGUUUAGUGCUUGACCCAGUUAUUUAUAACAUAACGCACACGAGGAUGUCUUCUUUGAAAAAUAAACUGGAAAAGUAAGUACUUAUUUACAUGAAUAUUUUGAUUAUGUAACAAAAUCAAAAUAAGGCUGUAACGUCUUUUCAUAUCUUUGAAAAUAUUAAAACACGUAUUAAAUUUAUUAAUCUUUUUCAGACUAAUUCGAGAGUCUGGCUUAUUGGAUGAUGACGUAGAAAAUGAAGAAAAUACAAGGGAUGAAUAUAUUGUUACUGAGCAUGAAAAUAUUAGUUCCGAUUCCAAGUAAGUUAUUUGCUACAAUUGUUUUUAUUACUAUCCCACACUUUUGCAUAAAGUAGGUAGGUAACUUAUUUUAAAACAUGUUAUAUUAGUUUGCCGAUAGGUGCAGAAGAUAUAAACAGUGAAAUGAUCAAUGACAAUAAUUAUAUUCCUGCUGUAAAGCAUCAGAGGUUGGAUUCUAAAACAGGAGAAUUGGUCAUUGAAUUUGAAUCCUCUGUGCACAGCUUGAUUAAUCCAUAUACAGGAUUGUUGGAAUUCUGUCAAGAAAACCCUGAACAAAAUAAAAAAUCCAGCCCUAAACCCAAAAAAGGAAAAAAGAGGCUACGCAAACCUGAAGAAUGGGAGAAAAACAAAAAAGUUAAGUAUAACCUUAGCCUUACCAAAAUGUAGAUGCAACUGUAAAAAUUAAUUAGCACAAAAAGAAGUAGAGUCAAUACUCAAUAGAUUCGUCCAUCUGUCAUCGCAUACAGAGCAAAAUAUAUAUCUACAAGGUUGCCUAAAUGAAAGCGUACCUGUGCGUUCUCGACCAAGAAAUAAAAAUACUACCAGGCCUAGAAGAUCUUUCAAAUAUAGUGUCUAUACAAAUAAUAUGCACAUAGAAGUUUGUCAAAAGAUUUUUCUUGCCAUACAUGGCAUUAAACGGGACAGACUCCAAAAUAAAGUGCAGCAACCAACUAAAUCCAUAAUUGAUGGAAGAGGUCGUCACAAUAAUCAUAGAUGCUUAGAUGCUGACAUUGUCUUAAAAGUACAUGACUUCAUUGAAACCUUGCCAUCAAGAAAGUCUCACUACACAAGAAAUAACAACAAACCUAAAAAAUUUUUGGAUUCCCACUUAUCUAUAAACAAACUUUACAACAAGUUUGUGUCUGAAGUUCAUCCUGAAUUGAAAACAAAAGUGUCAUAUGAGAAAUUCAGACAAAUUUUUAAUCAAGAUUUCAAUAUAUCCUUCGGUUUCCCAAGAAAAGACAUAUGCCAGGUCUGUGAAAAACUGAACAUGGACAUAAAAUCUGCUGAGAUUUCUAAAGACACAAACAAACAAGACACGAAGUCUUGAAUUACAAAAAGAAUUGCAUUUAAGAAAAGCACAAGUAUUUUUUGAUGCAAUCAAAGCAGCAAGUCAACCAAAAUCCAAUACUUUGGCACUCUGUUUUGAUUUUCAAAAAAAUUUGCCACUGCCUGUCACCAAUGUGUCAGUCGAAUACUAUUUGAGACAGUUGUGGCUGCACAAUUUUGGAGUGCAUAAUUUAGGCGACAAUAGUGCAACAAUGUUUUUAUUUACAGAAAAUGUAUGCCACAAGGGACCCAACGAAGUAAACACUGCUUUAAAUUAUUUCAUUGAGAACAAGAAAACACCAUCACAAAAACAUUUGCACAUUUUUUGUGACAAUUGUUAUAGCCAAAACAAAAAUCGAUUUUUGUUUACUUUUUUAGACCAGCUAUGUGCAACAAAUAUUUUUGAAACAAUUAAAAUAACAUAUCCCAUGCCUGGACACAGUAUGAUGCCAAUCGAUAGAGAUUUCGCAUUAAUAGAAAAGCAACGUUUAAAACACGAUAAAAUACAUGGCCCUGACUAUUAUUUGGAUCUUAUAGAAAACUGUAAGAAAACUAAUAAGUUUGAGAUUGUUUUCUUGGAGAAAUCAUUAAGAAAAGAUAUUUCCUCGAAUCCAGUAUUAAAAGUAAAAAUUACAAUUUUUUUAUGGAAGAUAUAUUAAAUCUUCUGUACCAGGAAUAUCUCUAUGUCGUAGAGUCAGAUUUAGAAGACACAAAAAAUGUGAGAUAGGAAAUUUAAUGUCUGGAGAUGAUUUUAAAUCAGUAUCCUUGUACAAGACAGGAAUUAAGUGAGUUAUAAAUGACACUCCACAAGACUGUUACAGCUCCCAAUUAAAGAUUAAAAAACCCAAAGUACAAGACAUGAAGAGCCUUAUCCGAUUUAUCCCAGAAGGUGAGAGAAAUUUUUAUCAGGACAUAAUUGAUUUCAAUGAAGAUAAUUCUGCAGAUGAUAGUAUGGAAAUGGCUAAUUCAGGAGAUGAAGUUGAGUAAAUUAUGAUUUUCCCAUUUCAUUUCCUGACUUAAUUAAAUGGAAGAAAAUAGUUUUAAGUUUUAAUUUUUUAAACAACAAGGACUGACAUUUUGUUUGAUGAUUCUUACAAAAAAUUUAGUUUGAUAAAAAAACUUGAUGAAAAAUAUCUGAUAACAUGAUUUUGUUUAUUCUCUUAGGUUUCAUUUUCUUUUAAACUUAAUUCGAUUAUUUAUAAGUUAAUUUUGUGAAUUUAAUUUUAAAUUAAAUUAGUAAAAAUCCCUAAGUGCAAUAAAAACAAUAUACAAAUCUCUAAGUUCACGACUUUGAAGCUAAGUCCACUGACUUCUUUAUUUUUUAAUUAAAGAAUAAACAUUAUUAGGAGCUUGUUUUAUAGGUUACAUAAAUAAACAUGUCUUAGUGUCUACAAUGAGUCUUUUAUUUAUUUAUUUUGAGAAAACAUGUAAUUUAUAAUGCAAAAACAAAGUUUAAAAUCUUGAUUCCCAGAAAACAGGUUUUGUGACUUAGUGAUUUCUAGAAUUGGACUCUUCUUAUGCAAUUCGUUUUUUUUUAAAUUGAGCAGCAUUUUCAUCGUCAAUAUAAUCAUUAGCCCUCUAAACUUUAAACACUAAAGAGGUGUCAUCUGCAAAUAAUACCGUCUCGCACAAAUUCUUUGAAAAGUGAGGAAGAUCAUUAAUGAAAGUUAUCGGGUAUAAGGUAUGUAUCCAUAAAUUCCCGUUUUUGUUCCUUUGUUAGCCUCUCAACCAGAACACGACCCCAACGUUUAGCGAUCUCGUCCGGUAUCUUAGGUCCAAAUAGCUCAUCUUUUCCAUUUGAAUCUCCUAUUGCUUCUAGAAUCUCUGGCGGAAGGCAUAAUAAAUCUGUAGUUUUACUAAAAGCCGAAUAUUUUGGCAUAUUUCCAUCACUAUAAGUAGGGUUUUUUAUUGUUUCACUAUCAGUAGUAGUAUCAAACCUAGUUUUGAUACUACUAUAUUAUUAUCACUCACGUGAGCUGUAGAUCUAUUUCCUUCAGAGUCAUAGACUAUAGGGACGCUAGCAGGAGACAUUGAAUCCCUUUUUGGUGAUUCAUAAUGCCAUAUUAUUUACUUUUAAGUCACUGAUCGUACGC